AGAGAGAGAGAGAGAGAUAAAGAGAGAGAGAGAGAGAGAGAGAGAGUGGUCUAGAGGAAAUAAUGGAGCUCGACGAGGAAAGCUUCUUCUUACAGGAGCUCUUAGCUCUGAGAAGGGAGACGUGGGAGACGUACCCGGCCGGAAUGAGCGAGCUACUCUUCUGCAGCGAAGGGACCGCCAGACUGAACUGCUUCGGCGGACCGCAGUUUUCGCCGGAGCCCAACUUCGAUUGCCUCAGCGAAGUCUGCAGCCCGUUUGCUGCCGCCGGCCUGUGCGGCUCGUCGGCACCGCCGGCGGCGGCGGCGGCGGCGGCGGCGGCGGCGCAUGCUGCCAUCCACGAGGAGAUGAGCUGCGGCGGCGCCUCCGGAGGCGGUCGGAAUAUCUGCAAGGCCGAGCAGAAGCAGUCGGCCGGCACGCCGGAGCCGCUGAUGCUCGCCGCCAGCUCUUGCCUCGAGAGAAAGAACGCCAGGCCGAAGAAGGCGGACGGCCUGCCUUCCAAGAACCUGAUGGCGGAGAGGCGGCGGAGAAAGCGGCUCAACGAUCGGCUCUCCAUGCUCCGAUCCGUCGUGCCCAAGAUCAGCAAGAUGGAUAGAACGUCCAUCCUCGGAGACACAAUCGAUUACAUCAAAGAGCUCAUGGCACGGAUCAAAGCCCUGCAAGAGGAGGCCGAGGCCGAGUCCGAUCCGCGGAACCGGCCGAAUCAGUUAGGUGCCUUGAAGGAUCAGCUGAAUCCGAGUGAGACGACGCUCAUGAGGAGCUCCACCAAGUUCGAUGUCGAGAGGAGAGAGGGGGACACCCACGUAGAGGUUUGCUGCGCGGCGAAGCCCGGGUUGUUGCUUUCGAUGGUGAGCACGCUGGAUGCUCUCGGUUUGGAGAUCCAUCAGUGUGUUGCGAGCUGCUUCAGUGAUUUUGGGAUGCAAGCUUCUUGCUUGGAAGUAAGAUUAGCUGCAACAUCGAUCUCUCUAUUUCAGGAGCUAAGCUCCGCGAACGAUCCAAAUUGGAGUUGUGCGACUGGACCCAUCCGGUGGGUCAAGGAAAGCGACGCACCUGCUUCUUCUGGUGCGUGA